AUGAAGUUUAAAGAGGAGAAGAAGAGGUUGGACAACCUGUGGAAUGAAUUGAAAGAAGGGAAAAUCACGAAAGGACCUCGAAGCAAAAGAGUGGAACAGAGGGAGAAGCAAAAUGAGGAGGAAGAACAAGAAGGAAGGGAGUGGGCUGCCAACCUGGGAAUAGAUGUUGGUCAGAAGGCUGAGUCGAGAGAGAUCAUCACAAAGGAGCUUGUGAAUGAACUACAAGUUAUUAUUAUUAUUUUUAAAGAAUCAAACUCACAAGAAGGCGAAGAAGAGAGAAACUACCCUCAUGGGAAUAAUGAAGACAAUGAUACUAAUGGGGAAGAAGGGCACUACAAUGUGAGUAAGAGUGCAUAA